AUGUUAUAUUAAAUGCUAAUGUGGGAAUGAAGUUGUUUCCAUCGCGGUGUAAAAGCUGGUUUAAGGGGAAGUGGAUGCUUUGUAUUUCAGUUUAACUCAGGCUGUUUGUGGCAGAGGACUCGUGGCGCUAUUAAACACGAAGCCACGGUUUCACGUAGAGGGGCGCGCGCUCGUGUGCGCGCUCACACCGGCUAUUGUGUUUUUUAUCAACAAGGAGACCACCGUGGCCUUGCGGGUAACUGAGCUGGCCAGCUGAACGACAAGGGACUGCUAAACUAUGGCAGACGAACAAGAAAUAAUGUGCAAAUUAGAAAAUAUCCUGGAAAUACGUAACAAGACUGUCCAGAUGCAGAAGAUCAAGUCUCGUCUUAAGAUUGAGUUUGAGGCUCUGGAAUCUGAGGAGAAGCACCUGAAAGAGUACAAACAAGAGAUGGAUCUGCUUCUACAAGAGAAAAUGGCACAUGUGGAGGAGCUGCGGCUCAUCCAUGCAGAUAUCAAUGUGAUGGAGAGCACCAUCAAGCAGUCGGAGAAUGACCUGAAUAAACUUCUAGAAACAACUCGCCGCCUGCAUGAUGAGUACAAACCUCUGAAGGAGCAUGUUGAUGCCCUCAGGAUGACUUUAGGUCUACACAGGCUCCCUAACCUGAACGAAGAAGAGGAGAAGCUCUCCCUGGAUUACUUUGAGAAGCAGAAAGCAGAGUGGCAGAAGGAGCCGCAUGAGCCCACCAUCCCAGAAUCCCUUGCUGCCGCUGCAGCAGCAGCACAGCAGCUUCAGGUGUCCAGGAAGCAAGAUGCGCGCCAGACAGCCACUUUCAGACAGCAACCCCCACCUAUGAAGGCUUGCCUGUCUUGCCACCAGCAGAUUCAUCGUAAUGCUCCCAUCUGCCCAUUGUGCAAGGCCAAGAGCCGUUCCCGUAACCCAAAGAAGCCCAAGAGGAAGCCAGAUGAGUAGAUCCUACUCUACCUUCAGCUUUGUGUUCAAGUGACCACAGACUGGAGAAGAAAGCCCAGACUCAUUUGCUCUGAAUAGUGUUGUGUGUUUUACUUUAAUAGUGAGAAGAAAAUAAAUGGCUGUUUUGUACUAA